AUGGCGACAAUCCCAGAUAAUGUCCAGGAGUAUAAUCUCCAUGUGGACUAUGUCAUCCGUUACAGCUUCGGAGACGUAGACCGAUCGCAGGCAAUUUUGCAGCUGGAAAAACUGCUUCAGGCACUGGCCCAAGUUGGUCUACAGGUAGAAGUACGACAGGGCGAUGAGUCGUCUUUGCUUGUUUUUGUGAAAGCUUCGGAAAAGCGGCUGAGACGGGCGGUCUAUCGGUCGCGAGUACGAGACUGGCUUUAUGGUAUUCGAAAUGCUGAGCCCACCCCUUCCAACUCGACCGAGCCCCAGACCGAGGCUGAGCGCCUACGGGUGAUCAACCAGAUGAUUACACUUCCCAAGGAAGAGGGCGGUGCUGCUAUCACUCCCAACCAUGGCGAAUGGAAGAAUGUCACCGCUAUAUUCCCCCUUCAUGAUGUCGAUACAAAUAAAAAGUGGAUACGAGAUUGGAGCUCGAAGACCUUCCUCUCAGAUGACGACUUGGAUCAGAUCCGCAACAAGUUUGGAGAAAGUGUUGGGUUUUACUUCGCGUUCCUGCAGUCAUACUUCCGAUUCUUGAUUUUCCCGGCGGUCUUUGGAUUCUCUUGUUGGUUCCUCCUCGGCGGGUAUUCGAUUAUUUAUACUAUCGUCAAUUGCCUUUGGUGUAUCAUUUUUGUGGAAUACUGGAAGCGUCAGGAGCUUGACCUGAGCUGCAGGUGGCAGACCAAGAAUGUCUCAGCCGUUCGGACGAAACGACGAGAGUUCAAGGCAGAAAAGGAGGUUCGCGAUGAGGGUACUGGUGAGAUGCGCGGUGUGUUCCCGGCAACUAAGCGCAUGCAACGGCAGCUACUCCAAAUCCCCUUCGCCUUGCUUGCAGCAAUUGGCUUGGGUGCUAUCAUUGCGACUUGCUUCGCCAUUGAGAUCUUCAUCUCGGAGCUCUACAAUGGCCCAUUGAAAACAUACUUGAUCUUUAUUCCAACCAUUCUUGUGUCAGCGCUUGUUCCAACCAUGAGCGCUAUUUUGACAUCUAUCGCAACGAAGCUGAAUGACUACGAAAACCAUGAGACAAAGGAUGCGUAUGACGUUGCAUUGACUCAGAAGGUCUUUGUUAUCAACUUCAUCACGUCUUAUAUGCCAAUUUUCUUGACGGCCUUUGUCUACGUGCCAUUUGCUAGCCGGAUUGUCCCCUACCUCGAUGUCUUCCGCUUGACAGUCCGGCCUUUCGUAUCGAAGGAACAUGCCGUUGCAAAACAAUCGCACUUCCAAAUCGACCCAGCUCGUCUGCGCAACCAGGUUAUCUACUUCACUGUCACCGCGCAGAUCGUUGGCUUCGCCAUGGAGACUAUCGUGCCCUAUAUUAAGCAGCAUGCACUCCGCAAGUAUAAGAAGUACAACAGGGAGCGCAAUGGCAAGAUGGACCGGAGCGACGACAAAGAAUCGCCCGAAAGACCCGUCGUGUCCUUCGAUGAUCCGGCCGAGGAAGUGCAGUUCCUCACGCGUGUGCGUAACGAAGUCGAGCUUUCCGAGUACGACGUGACCGAUGAUCUGCGCGAGAUGUGCAUUCAAUUUGGAUAUUUGGCCCUUUUCUCUCCCACAUGGCCGCUUGUUCCCCUUUCAUUCUUUGUGAAUAACUGGAUCGAGUUGCGAUCAGACUUCUUCAAAAUCUGCAUGGAGUUCCGCAGACCUGUACCGUUGCGGACCGACACAAUUGGACCCUGGCUUGAUAGCCUGGGAUUUCUCUCCUGGGUCGGAAGUAUCACCAGUGCUGCGCUGCUAUACAUGUUCAGUGGCAACGCACAUCACGGGCCCAAUGGCGAGCCGACAGAUAUCAAAGGCUGGGCUCUGCUUUUGACAAUAUUUUUUUUCGGAACAUCUUUAUCUUAUUGUGAGGAGCGCGCUGAGCGUUAUCUCGUGCGCAAGCGCUAUAUUGAGUCGACUACCAAUACAGAGGCCGAUGAGGAGACGGAUGAGAAUGAUGCCACCUUUAUGGCUGAGUCAACUGGUCUCUCAAGGACGGAUCUCGAGGAUGAUGCUCGGCGUACAUCCUUGCAUGGCGCCGACCCAGCAGCCCGUUUCUGGAUGCAUCAGCGAGGCUGGACGGAGUCAGCGAAAAUUGGAGCGGGGAUUAUACAGGCACAGCCUAGCAACAGUACCAUGAAGAAGCAACAGUAG